AAGCAACUUCCGAACGUACCCGGAAUUAUAUUUAUAACAAAAGAAGAAAAAAAAAAAACAUUGUCGACACGCGACGCGAUGCAGUCGGAGUCGCGCGCGAUUGCCGCCUGUCAGUGUUGACGCCGUUUGACGCGGUGCUCCUGUCGCUCCUGAGUUCGUCAUCGACCGCGCUUUCCCUCGUCGUCAACCCGGUCAACCCCUGGCCACGAUCGGUUGCGGUUAAUCGCGCGACGGGAGACGGGACUCACGCGGGACCAAACCAACCGCCUGCGCGCAGUUUCAACUCUCGGUUUUUCCAACGGUGUCCACUCCGAUGUCGGCCCACGCGAAGGGUUGCGACGGGACGAUCGAUGUCGCCGACGUUGUUCCCGUCGCGCCGCGCGUCCCAUCCUGAAAUGAUUCGCGCGGGAGUCUCGGUGGGUGCAGAGGAAGACCACCCGAUUCGCGAUCGGCCGUGAUGGGCACGAACCCGACGAGGAUCCUCGCGCUGAUCGAGCAGCUGUGCGACCUGCCGUACACGGAGGUGCAGCGGCGGCUCAACAAAUAUGUGCAGGACGUGACGAACUCGAGGCUAGUCUUUCUCAUAUCGGUACAGGUAGAAACUGAGGAAAUGGUUGUCCAUGUGAUAGGCGACGAAAUUCUGGAUAGAGAAUUGAGAUUUCUCAUACCAAACAGUGUUUUGUACGAGGCUGUGAUAAACAAAACCUCAUUAGCUCUGAACGUUGCGCAACUCGAUGGAGAAUUAUUGAGACACAUUAAUAGGAUAACCGACGCGACGGCGCAAUCCCUCUUAACAAUCCCGAUACAGCAUCCUUUCAAGCAUUAUACGGCUUUGCUCGUGUGCCUGGUAGAUUACGUGGAUGGGGAUGAAGCUCGACACGCUUGUACAGAGUUAGUUCAAGAAUGCUUUAGGUUUUGUCUUGGAUACUUGCUCAGUUCGUUGCGUUGCUACGAGGAAAUUCGCGUGAAACAACAGUGUCAAAAAUUACUAGCCGUUUCCAGGAAGCUCUUCACGUAUUUGGGAGACUUUUCUGAUCUUCUGCGCGAGAUUAUGGCGGAGGUCAGAAAUUUGACGAACGCAGAGAGAUGCUCUUUAUUCCUUUUGGAUCCUGAUCAACAAGAUUUGGUUGCAAAAGUGUUCGAUGGCAUUUCCACGGGAGAAGCUAUAAGCGAGAUGAGAAUACCUAUUGGACAGGGUAUAGCCGGUCAUGUUGCGACCACCGGUAAAUUACUCAAUAUUCGAGACGCUUACAAUCAUCCCCUUUUUUAUCGCGGGAUAGACGAGGCGACGGGAUUUAGGACUAGAAAUAUUUUGUGCUUUCCAAUACGGGACGAGAAAGGGAUUGUUGAUGUAAAGAGUUAUGUUUUAGGAGUGGCUCAAUUGUGCAAUAAAAUAAACGGUUUGUAUUUCGAUGCCUUUGACGAACAAAUCGCGACGGCGUUCAGUAUCUAUUGCGGUAUAUCGAUAAUGCAUAGUAUCGUUUAUAAAAAAAUGCAGGAUGCUCAAGCUCGAAAUAAGCUCAGCAACGAGAUAAUGAUGUAUCACAUGAAGGUGGAGGAAUCUGCUGUGCAAGCGUUGUUGAAUUGCGGGGACGACCACAAUAUUAAAGAUUUCAACAAAUUUCACUUCAGUCCGAGGAACGUACCUUACAAACAUAUACCUUGCUACACUAUUAAAAUGUUUACAGACUUGAAUUUCUUAAACCAAAUUAAAAUGCCGACCCUUACAAGAUUUAUACUGUAUGUCAAGAAAGGCUACAGAGACGCACCUUAUCACAAUUGGACACAUGCAUUCUCCGUGGCGCACUUUGCAUAUCUGUUGAUAAAGAAUCUGCAACUUAUUGAGGAAAAUUACAUGACCCCCUUACAGGCCCUGGUGUUUCUUGUGUCGUGUUUAUGUCACGAUAUAGACCAUAGAGGAACUAAUAAUUCAUUUCAAACCGAGUGCGGCACCGUAUUAGCGAGUCUUUACAGUUCAGAGGGAUCUGUUAUGGAGAGACAUCAUCUUGCACAAACAAUGUGCAUUUUAAACACCGAAGGCUGCAAUAUAUUUGAGAGUUUGGACAGCAACGAGUACAGCGAAGCUUUGGAUUUGCUGAGGAGCAAUAUACUCGCGACUGAUCUAGCCUCUCACUUUCGUAGCAUAAGGAACCAAGAAGAAAUGAUUCGCGGUGGAUAUAACAAAAAUGAUUCGAAACAGCAAAAGCUGUUAUUCGAGAUGCUUAUGACUUGCUGCGAUCUUAGCGAUCAGACCAAAGAUUGGAAAAUCUCGAAGAAAACGGCGGAGCAAAUAUUUGACGAAUUCUUCUCGCAAGGAGAUCUCGAGAAAAGCAUGGGCAACGCGCCGGUCGAAAUGAUGGACAGGGAACGUGCGUCGAUUCCUGAUCUCCAAAUACAAUUCAUUACUAAUUUAGUUAUUCCCGUCUUUACUAACUUGUCGUUAUUGUUCCCAUCGGCGCUGCCCCUGGUCCGUACGCUGCAACACAAUUGCUCAUUAUGGGAAGUAGCCAAGACCGUAUUUCAAAAGUAUUCGACGAAUGGAACAAAGGGAAUAGAUAUUUUGCUUGAUCCGAACUUUGAAGUCGAGGUGCUUAAGAUAUUUGCUCAAAGAGGUCAAUGUUCUGCGGAAAAUCCUAGUGAGGCUACAGGAAGCGGACAGUAAUUCGUAAGACAAACGAGUUUAAGAAAAGGCAGAGUUUAACGACGGUUCAAUUUUGGAAUUUGCACGUCCGGAUUUCCGAUGUAAAAUAAUAUCGAGAAUUGUUCCAUUCGUAAUAAUGUGAUAAAUUUUUUGCAACUGCACUUUACUGUUAAAAAAAAAAA